AACACGUCUUGUUUCUCUGUCUUUCAUUUGAUCUAAACCAGCCCUAAAGAAUCUGUAGCCAUAAUGCUUCUUCAACUCAUAAAUCUCUAUGCUCCCAUCCUCAUUCUCUCAACCCUAAUUCUCAAAAUCCUCUUCUCCAAUUCUUCUAAACACUACAAACUCCCUCCAAGCCCUUUCGCCUUACCUGUCAUCGGCCAUCUCCAUCUCCUCGGCCGCUUCAUGCACCACUCCUUUCACAUGCUUUCCUCCCGCUAUGGCCCCCUCAUUCACCUCCGAAUCGGCUCCGUCAAUUGCGUAGUCGCUUCAUCUCCCGAAAUCACUAGAGAACUCCUUAAAACAAAUGAACUCGCUUUCUCCGCUCGUAAGCACACCCCUGCCAUUGAUCACCUUACUUACAAUUCUUCCUUCGCUUUUGCUCCCUAUGGACCUUACUGGAAAUUCAUAAAGAAAAUCAGCACGGUUGAGCUACUGGGAGCCAGAACGCUCGGGCGGUUUCUUCCCAUUAGAACCCAGGAGUUGCAGGAUUUUAUCAAUAUUAUGUUUGAAAAGUCUCAUGCUGAAGAAAAAGUUAACCUUACAGAAGAAUUGUUGAAGCUGACGAAUAAUGUGAUAUCGCAGAUGAUGUUUAGCAUCAGAUGUUCUGGGGCGGGUGGGCAAGGCGAGGAGGCAAGGAGGCUUGUGCGAGAAGUGACAAAGAUCUUUGGAGAGUUUAAUAUUUCUGAUAUAAUUUGGUUGUUUAAGAAUGUUGAUUUUCAGGGUUUUAGAAAGAGGUUCAUGGAUGUGCAUAAGAGGUAUAAUUCGUUGUUAGAGAAUAUUAUUUCGAACCGCGAAAUUGUGAGAAAGGAGAAGAAGAAAAAUGGAGAUGAUGAUGAAGACGUUAGAGAUUUUCUUGACAUUUUGCUUGAUGCUUUGGAAAACGAAAAAUCGGAGGUCCAGUUAACAAGAGAUCAUAUCAAGGCCAUAAUUCUGGAUUUCCUGACAGCUGCAACAGACACCACAGCCAUGACAGCGGAAUGGGCAUUGGCAGAAAUAAUCAACAACCCAAACGUCCUGGAAAAGGCUCAGGAAGAAAUCGACCAAGUUGUAGGAAAAUCCAGGCUCGUCCAGGAAUCCGACCUUCCCAAUCUUCCUUAUCUCCAAGCCAUUAUAAAAGAAAACUUCAGGCUUCACCCUCCAAUCCCAAUGCUUGCAAGGAAAUCCAUCCAGGAUUGCCAAGUCGGUGAAUACACAAUUCCUGAAGGCUCUUUAUUGUUCGUAAAUCUCUGGUCAAUCGGAAGAGACCCUAAAGUUUGGAAUGAUCCUAUCAAGUUCGAUCCUGAGAGAUUCCUGAAAUCAAACGACAUUGAUGUUAAAGGGUUUAACUAUCAGUUGUUGCCAUUCGGAACUGGAAGGAGAGGCUGCCCUGGAAUUAAUUUAGCCAUGUUGGAGCUGCCGACCACUCUGGCAGCCAUGAUUCAGUGCUUCAACUGGAAGGUUGUGAAUCCUCAAGGAGUGGAAAUCGAGGGUGGCACUGUGAUUGAUAUGACUGAACGGCAAGGACUGACCGCUCCUCGGGCUCGUGAUCUUGUUUGUGUACCAGUGGCACGAUGUUCGCCGGUAUCUUAGAUCUGAUUACAAUGAAUAUAAUUACUUUGCUUGAAUUAGUGGUUUCUUUGCUAUGAGAAAUUAAGUUUCAAGGGAACGAUGUACUUGUAUUAUGUUAUAGCGUACUCCAAUAAAAUCUUAUUAUAAAUA